GAAUCUAUGAAGUCGGCUUGCACUUUGAUGGGACAGGGUGUCUGUCGUUUUGGGAGUCUCUGAGUCAUUAUCAAGGACUUACACCUGAGUGAUCACACAAGGCAUUCCAUUUCAGACUCUGCCAAGUCUGGACGGCAAGUUGUCUCGCUUCUUUUGUGAGAAAAAUGAGUCCAACCGAUGCUAAACGGGGGGCUAAACGCAGGAAGAACAAGCGGGGCGGUGGCAGUAGCUGCAGUGCUGUCUGCAAUACUAGCAGUGGCAAGGCCGGUGUCGCUCCGGCCCUAGGCUGUGCGGGGACAUCAACACCUGCCUCUGUCGUCAGUUUUUUAACAUCUGGUAAUACUGGCAACGGGAAUAUAGGAUCCAUCACGGGCUUAAACGGAGAGGUCAAACUGAACAACAGUGUUGCUCCACAGUUUACGGAAGGACCAGUGAAUGCUGACUUCUCUGGAGUCCUUCAGACUCCAUUCACGUUUGGCUUGAAUCAGCGGGCCCCUUACACCGCUGGUGAUCGCUGCCUCUUGUGCCGAUGUGAGCGUAAAGACAACAUUGUGCCUUCAGAGGCAGGCAUCACAGGCCAGAAUGGUACGGCACAGCCUGCCAACACACCCAAUCCACUCCAGCUGCCUCUGUGGGUAUGUUCUGAUUGCAGACGCACAGUGGAGAAGGAGGACCGACGUACUACUCUUGAACAGUCAUUAGGGAGUCAGGACUUUCUUUUGCACAUGCCAGGGGGUAAUGGAAACCCAGGACGGGAAACGGCCAUGGCAGACAGACUGACCAAUGCUGCGCCUACACUACCCAUGCUCCCUGCUCCAGACCUUACUUCACCAAUGCCUUCUGAUACAGUUUGCAGCUGUGAAGCCUGCAAUGAGAGACGGGAGAUUUCUGCUGAGUCGGAGCGGGAGUCACAGCAGCUACAGAACCACUGGUCUGAGGUUCGCUAUCUGGUGCGCUGUAUUUACCGGCAGACAGGAACAUCACUGGCAGAUGACCAUGACCAGCCCGUCGAAAGAGACAAAGAGGGCAUAAAGGAGCUGGUGGACAGACUUUGUGUAAAAGAUCCAUAUCAGCUUUACCAGCGGUUGGAGCAGCAGGCUCGAGAAUAUGUCUUGGAGGUGAAAGUGCGGCUGCUGAAGCACCUUUCUGCAGGCUCUAAGACUACAGGACUGUCAGGGACUGUAGCUGCAGCCCAGGGUCCUCCUCAGGCCCACCAGUUCAUCUCCCUGCUGCUAGAAGAGUAUAACGCCCUCUGCCAAGCUGCACGCACCAUCAGCAGCUUCCUGUUCACCCUGGAGAAUGAUCACCUCCAGAAAUUUCAGGUGACAUGGGAGCUGCACAACAAGCACCUUUUUGAAAAUCUGGUUUUCUCUGAACCGAUCUUGCACAGCAGUUUACCAGCACUCAUUGCACAGCUGAAACAUGGUACAGACUCUCAUGAUUCAUAUAAUGAAGAUAUGUACCAGACCUUGUUAGAGAGCUACCAGCAGCUGCAGCAGGAGAUGGCUACAGUGGCUGCUGAGUGGCAGGAGUGUGAGAAGAGGAUUGAUGACUAUGUAGAUGAACAGCUGCUUUUUAAGGUGGAGGGUCAGACUCUCACCAACCAAAGAACAGAACCACAUAAGUCCUUGAUCAGCAAAAAUACUUUAAAGACAAAACAGCGAAUGCUGAAGGAGGAUUGGGAAUUCUUUAAGCAGAGGAGGUUUAUAGAAGACCAGUUACCCAACAGUAAAAAGUCAUCCACCGGAGAUAGCAACUUCACAGACACGAUGAGAAUGCUUUCAUCUCGUCUUAGUAUCCCAGACUGUCCAAACUGUAAUUAUAGAAGAAGAUGCACAUGUGAUGACUGCAGUCUCUCCCACAUCCUGACAUGUGGCAUUAUGGAUUCACCCAUCGCUGAGGACCUCCACAUCAAGCUACCCUUGCAGGGUGAACAAUCCCGGGACUACCUGGCAGAAGUGCAUCCUCCCAGCCUCUCCUCUGGCAGUUCAGCAUCUGGGUCCAACUCCAGUUCUCCCAUCACCAUUCAGCAGCAUCCAAGGCUAAUACUGCCUGAAGGAGAUGCUAGCACUUUUAUUAGUGAUGACGACGAAGUGCCUCCAUUGUCCAAUAAGUUCGGGGACAUCUACCCUAUCAGCAGUUAUGAGGAAAACAAUAUUGUGACCGCUGCUGUUAACGGCCUUCAUAAUAACAUCAACGGGGAGGGUGAAAACAUGGCACUGAAGGCAGGGUCCCCUCACAUUACCAGCAGCAGUAGUUCAUCGGAAGGUGAUGAGGAGGAAACUAAUGGUGAGGCUGGCGGAGAGCCCCCAGGCCUCCAGGAAGAGCUUUCCUCAGGAAAGACUAACAGUCCUCCUCCCUCUUACAACCACCAACAGGUAGAACAGGUCCAGCAUGCCUGCGAGUGCCAUGUGUGCAACAAUGACCCCAGCUCCUCCACCCUGGGUCCUGCCACAUGUCUUUCACCCAGUCGGCUCCACGCUGUGCCUCCCCCUGCUGUGGGACACCAUUUCUUCACAGACAACAAGACUCCCCCCACACACCCUGCCCUCCACUUGUACCCACACAUCCACGGCCACAUGCCCUUACACAACUUCUCCCGGCCCCUACUCCAGCCUACACUCUACCCACCCAGUCCUCCUCUCACACACAACAAGCCUCUUCCCCCAAACCCUACAUCAAACCACUCAGCAGCCAAGCAGCCAGCCUUCAGUACAUCAGUACCAGAACACGUAUACCAGAACUGCUUUGGUGGUACAGGUGGAGCAGGUGACUGGAAUAACUCACUUCAGUGCCUCUCUCUCAAGUUUGAGAAUCUGUGGGAUGCUGCUGUGAUGAAGAGCUGGAAUCCAUCUAUGUUGUUGCCUGAGUGCCUGCCAGGUGACAUGCUUGGACCACCCCUCACUGAUGUGCCCCUUCCACCAACGUCCUCCAUUGCCCCCCAAGGGGAGCAUCCCCCACUGCCCACACCUCUAACCCCGUCAUCCUCAUUGUCAUCAUCGUUAUCAUCGUCGUCGUCAUGCUCCUCUUCUGAAGCUAAAGAGCCGAAGAAGACUGGUGCCAAGAAGAAGUGUCUCUACAAUUUCCAGGAUGCCUUCAUGGAAACCAGCCGCGUAGUAAUGGCCACCUCUGCCGCCACAUCCUCUGUGUCCUGCACUGCCACCACUGUCCAGUCAAGUAAUAACCCACCCAUCCACCUUGCAUCUAAAAGACCCAACUCUAUAGAUGAUGUAUUUCACAGUCUAGGUAAAGAGGACCACAGGCAACUCGCGUCAGCCAUCCCUAGAAACGGCUCCACAGGACUGACUUCUCUCCCCCCACUGUCGGGCCCUGCCCUACCCCCAGCACCUACCACACACCUCCCCACAAUGAGUUCACAGCCCUUUCCAAAGAUGGCCACUCAGGCUCCAGACUUUGUGGAGUCCCAGCAGGGUCUAUGCCUCCCACCUGCAGAACCUCCGGCCCCCUCGGCAGAUGGUCCUCUCAGUGCCCCCCCUAGUGUCUGCAGUGAUCCUGAUUGUGAAGGCCACCGCUGUGAAGGUAAUGGGUCAUAUGAACAUCAGCCAUAUGAUGGGGAGGAGAGUCAGGAUGAAGACAGCUGCUCUGAGCACAGUUCCUCCACCUCCACUUCAACCAACCAGAAGGAAGGAAAGUACUGUGAUUGCUGCUACUGUGAAUUCUUUGGGCAUGGAGGGCCACCAGCUGCUCCUACCAGUAGAAACUAUGCAGAAAUGCGGGAGAAGCUGCGCUUGCGUCUGACAAAGCGGAAAGAGGAACAGCCAAAGCGUGAGGACCAGCAACCAAUAAUAGAAAGAGAUGGAGGGGUGGAGGACCACAGGCGAGUGGAGGACCUGGUUCAGUUCAUUAACAGUGCAGACAGUAAACCUACUUCCAGUUCCAAGGCAGCCAAGCGAGCGAGGCACAAACAAAAGAAGAUGGAGGAGAAGGCUCGUCUGGAGGCAGAGGCUCGUGAAAGGGAGGAGCAACAGCUGUUGGAAGAACAACAACGACGACAGCGGCAGGAAGAGGAAGAGGCAGCGCUUCAAAAGGAACUGCUACGGCUGCAGGAGCUGCAGCAACAUCGUGCUGCUAAGAAGAAAAAGAAAGAGAAAGUCAAGGAAAACACUGCACCCCCUCAAAACAACCCACAACCCCUCAAACAGACAGCUCAGAACGUCCUAGAUAAUCUUCAGAAUGGAAAGUCACAGUUGCUUCAAACCCUCAUUCGCCUCCCUGACCAGAAAGAACCUAAAUUUGAGCCACUAUCUCAACCCAACUCACAGCACAGCCCAAAACGCCCUAUUGAAAAGGGGCUUUCUAAUGAGACCAAUGUCUCCACCUCCCCAAUUACCCUCCACAAUGGCACAUCUCCUCUUGAAGUCAGUAGUAAGGUAAAGGCCAAGCAAUCUGUGAAGGUGGCUACUUCUGAGGCUGCUGUAAAGAGACCCCUGGAGUUACCCAAAAGCUCUGAUGAGACUGCAAAGAUGACUAAUGGAACCACUCCUACUACUACAACAGACACCAAAGCAAUGCGAAUCAGGCCUGCUGAGGCCCUCGCUUCUCUCCUGACCACUGAACCACGCAGGGAGGAAAGAAGUACUUGCAGAAGUGUCAGUGGAAAAAGGCAGCAACAACAACAACCUCUCACCCAAAUAAAGGAUGACAGGACAAGUCCCCCUGUGUCAAACUCCUCCCCCUCUCCCCCUCCGGCCUCACAGUCUGAGCAAAUGCAGCAGAAUGGCAAACCCCCCAGUGCAGAGUCACCGCAGCCCAAAGGCAAGGCUAAGAAGAGCAAGAAGAAAAAGGGGGAGAAGAUGAACAGCUCAAUCGAUGACGUGUUCUUGCCCAAAGACAUUGACCUGGAUAGCACUGAAAUGGAUGAGACAGAGAGGGAGGUGGAGUAUUUCAAAAGAUUUUGCUUGGACUCUGCCCGGCAGAACCGUCAACGGCUUUCCAUCAAUUGGUCAAACUUUAGCUUGAAGAAAGCUACAUUUGCUGCACAUUGAGGGUGUUGGUAACUGUCAGGACAAAAAUGAGAACCUUAACAACUAUACAAACCCACCCCAACCCUCCAUCCCUGUCCUUUUACCUCUACCACUUGUCCUCCCACAACUUUUUCCCUGCUGUGCCCAAAUCACGCCCACGCUGCCUUGCUUUGUUUUUGUCCCUGUGUGUGGUUACAACACAGAUCCAUCUGGACUGAUCCACCUGCAAAACUGAAAUGACAUGACACAAAAAGAAUCACAGAAUGCUACUUUACAUCUGAUUAAUUUUCCUUGCGUGCUUGUGUGCGUUUAGUCUGAGUUGAGCAUUUCUCUUGACUGAAUAAGCCAUGGUCAGAAAGGAUUUUCUUACACUGGCUAAGCUGUAGUCAAAAGAUGCUUAAUAUGUCUGGAUGGUUUCCUUU